AUGGAAUCGUUAAAAAAGAUAUCCAAAGAAAAGCCAAGAAAUUUAUGGAAAAUAGUUGAUUCGAAUAAAUAUCAUGUUCAUGUUACAAUUUCUACUAUUGAUUCAGCUACCAAAUCAGAAGAGAUUGAUGAUAAAGUAAUCUAUAUGGAUGAAAUAGAAAAAAGAAAAGAAAAUUUACAAAAUGUUACUUAUAUUACCAGAGGAGGCUUUGGUAAAAUUUAUUCAGCUGAAUGGCCUGAAGGAUAUAUUUGGUAUUGGGAUAUUGAAAAUCAAAAAUGGAAAAGAGACAUAAAUCGUAAAAUUGCAUUAAAAAGUUUGGAUAAUUCUUCCGAAAUUUGUACUGACUUUAUAAAUGAGAUCAAAUCUUAUCUUCAAAUUUAUAUUCGGAAUAUUGUUUACUGCUUUGGAAUAUCACAAGAUCCAAAUACGAAAGAUUAUAUGAUGGUUUUAGAAUAUUGUGAAAACGGAAAUUUAAGAAAUUUAUAUUUAAAUAAUUUUGAUGAUAAUAUAAAACUUUAUAGAUUGUCAGAAAUUGCAAAUGGACUGUUAAGUAUCCAUAAUGCUGAAAAAGUACAUAAAGAUUUUCAUUCAGGCAAUAUAUUGCUGGGUUUGGCUAUGUUUAUAAGUGAUUUAGGAAUGUGUCAACCAGCAAAUAAUAAAGAGAAAUCUGAUAAAAAAGAAGGAGUUUAUGGAGUAUUACCUUAUAUGGCACCAGAAGUUUUACGUGGAUAUCAAUAUACAAAAGCAGCUGAUAUUUAUUCAUUUGGAAUAAUUAUGAAUGAGUUUCUUUCUGAAGAAAUUCCUUUUAAUGAUAUUCCUCAUGAUCAUAUUUUAGCUAUUAAAAUAUGUAAAGGACUAAGACCAAAAAUUUCUGAAGAUAUUCCAAAAUUUCUUGUAGAUUUAAUUAUGAAAUGUUGGGAUGCUAAAGCAGAAAAUAGACUAUCUGCUAAAGAAUUGUAUCAAAUAUUAAAAAAUUGGCAUGAAGAAGAUAAGAAAUUCAAUAAUAAUGAAAUUCGUUCUCAAAUGGGAGAAUAUGAAAAAAUUAAAGAAAAAAAAUUUAAAAAUAUAUCAAUUGAAAAUAAGUCUGAAAGUAUUAUAACUCAUCCUCAAGCAAUAUAUACAAGUAGACUGUUAAAUUUCAAAAAUCUUCCAGAACCAGUAAAUUCAUCAGAUUUAUCAUCAUUUCAAGUUAAUUCGGAUGUCCCAUCAAUAUCAGAAAAUCUAAACCUCAACGAAAUUAAUCAAGAAGAUAAUUUGAAUGAUGAGUCUUAA